GUAUGUGUGUGUGUGUGUGUGUGUGUUUCUGGGUGGCUGAAAGGAAAAAGGUUGAGCGCUGCAGGUUUCACUAUUACUGAGUGCACACUUAUCCCCCUCCCUUUUGACUCUCUCUCUGUCUCUUCCUCUCUGUUCAGGGGAGGGCCUAUAGAUUACUAACAAGUAUUUAAACUGGUAAUGCUGAAAUGAACUUCUGUGUUUAGAGCACACACACAGACACACACACACACACACACACACACACACACACACACACACACACACACACACACACACACACACACACACACAUCCUGAUGGCUGAUACUUUCUCUUCAUAACCUCUUUCAUUGUCCAGCUUGUUUGAGUUCAUAUUACAGGUGAAAAUGGUGGUGCUGCAGAGGAUUUUCGGUUUUGACACCCUCCUGUUUCAGUCCUUAGUAACACCCAUUUUGGCAGAUGUUCACAAAAUGGACCCAGGAGAUUUACCAGGAACCUGGAGGUGUUGUCACUGCUCAUCACGGCCACUCUGUGUUUGUUAGUAAUACUGCAAAUAGACCUCGAGGGCAAGAAAUCACAAACCAUAAGACAAGACAAAGUCUUGAGAAAGCAGAAACCUGAACCAGAGACAUGGCCGGACAUGUUCCUAAACUCAGUCCCCAAGUGUACGCUAAAUUCAUCUGCCUCCGAGAUUCAUGACUUCUCAACUUUACCUAAGAAUAUCCAAGACUUCCUGUUUUACCAGCACUGUCGCCAUUUCCCCAUGCUCCUCAACAAUCCUGGGAAGUGCGGCGGACCAAAGAACUCCGCAGAUGUUUUCCUACUGUUGGUCAUUAAGAGUUCUCCACCCAACUACGAUCGGCGUGAGGUUCUGCGUAAAACGUGGGCUUUGGAGCGGCUUCAUAGCGGUGUGUGGAUCCGCACCGUGUUCAUAUCUGGAACCACAGGAGACGGUUAUGAGAAGGAAAAACUGAAUAAACUCCUGGAGCUGGAGAACCGCGAGUACCAGGACAUUCUGCAGUGGGAUUUUGAUGAUACCUUUUACAACCUCACACUGAAGCAGGUCUUAUUCCUGGAGUGGAUGGAGAGGUUUUGCCCAGAUGUGCACUUUCUCCUCAAUGGAGAUGAUGACAUUUUUGCCAACACAGACAAUAUGGUGCAGUACCUCAAGGGCUUAGAUGAUAAUGAUGGAAGCAAACAUCUUUUUAUAGGCCACUUGAUCCAACAUGUCGGGCCGAUCCGGCACCCAGGCAGUAAAUACUACAUCCCUGUACAAAUCCAUAAAUCAGACACCUAUCCUCCCUACUGUGGUGGUGGUGGCUUCCUGCUGUCACAAUUCACUUCCAGAGUUAUCUACAACAUGUCUCAUUCCAUCCCCCUGCUUCCCAUCGAUGAUGUUUACAUGGGAAUGUGUCUGGAAAAAGCUGGACUUCUACCCAGACAUCAUAUAGGAGUGAGGACAGCGGGCCUCGGGUACGUUCCCUCGGGUCAACAUGAGGCAUACAAUCCGUGCUACUACCGUGAGGUUCUCCUGGUCCACAGGUUCCUCCCACUUCAGAUUUAUAUUAUGUGGCAUGAAAUCCAUAGAGAAGAUUUGAAUUGUACAAAGAGAACAAAAGGGAAUGAGAAUUCUGGGCUUUUCAUGCUUUAAAAAGAAUACUGGGGGGACAGAUUUGUGAAAAUCUGGGAGGACUGGGAAAGACUGGGGGUGAGAGGGGGGACUGGGUGACAUACAGUGAGAAGCUUUCGAUUUAGAUGAUUUUAUAACCAGCCGAUUGCACACAGGCAAACUCAACUUAAACAAUGAAAGUAAAAAAUAAAACGGAAGAUGAAGUGAUUAUGGAAUGUGGCAGUCUGGGGGUUAAGGUGUUGGACUACUCAUCGAAGGUCAUGAGUCGUGAAUCCCUUGGCCACCAAACUGCCCAUGCUGGGCCCCUGAGCAAGGCCCUUAACCCUCAAUUGCUCAUCUGUAUAAAUGAGCUAAAAAUGUAAGUCGCUCUUACUAACGGCAUCUGCUAAAUGCUGUAAAUGUAAUAAAUAUUUAAAGCAAAAAAUAAACAAAGCACACAAAUGCCUAAUAAAAUGAAAUAUGUAGGCAGACUAAAUGAAGUAUAAUUUUAAACAGCACAUUUAAAAGUUAAAUAAUUGUAUAGUAAUGAAAUGAAAUAGAAUCAUACUCUACAUACCAGAACAGGGUUUUCCAGAGAUGGACCAAUCAGAAUUCAGCUACAGCUCUAGACUCGGUGCGCCACAGGAUGCCAUUUAAUCAGGAUCCUGGUUUGAUUGUUUUCUGGCAACAUUAACACAAUAGUGAGAUUAGGUGAAGGAAUAAAACCUUACGGAAUAUACUGCAUUAUUACUGAUUCUCAGAACAGCACAUCAUCUGCUUCGUUAUUUAUUAAAGGAGGUGAAGUAGUUUAUACUGACGUACGUGUCCCUUAGUGACACAUGUUUUCAGAUUGCGUAGGAAACCCUUCCGCUCUCCCAUUAAAGGAUGUGUCCUAAUUUGCACAGGUUAGUGUUGAAAACACAAGAUCAACUAUCAGAGUUGGUCUUACCUUGAACACAGGUGUCCAUCGAAGUCCCUCAGUCUUCUAACAAAGGAUCCUCUUCAAGUUCUUCUACUUAAUCUAUUGCUUGAAUCUUUAAAUGAAGGAGUCAGACUUCUUGUCUGUUCAGGGUCCUCAUAAUGGGAGGCCUUGUUUUUAUUAAAAGUAGUGUAAUACAGAUGAAUGUGUGUAAUAAAUGUAAAGUAAAAAGAAAAUUACAAAUAAAAACUCCAUCAAAUAAUGAAAAAGUAUUAGAAUAAGUAAAAGUUAUUAAUUUGCAAUGAUUAUAACAAACCAAGAAACUCUCUCCAAGUGUAAAGUUGCGUUUGUUCUAUGAAGCACAGAGUAUAACAUGCACUGAGGCUGUUUGCACUAGAAUGCACCCACAAUGAAAUUCAAGGCGAACUUUUAUACAUUCUGUAUCCUUACUGGUGCAAGUUGGAUUUUGCUGUCGGGUUCGAUUCCCUUUGUGUCUUCUUGACGGCCAACAUCUCGUCCCCCAAACAUUUCUCAUCUCCCGAACAUAUCUCGCCGGCGACUCUGUGUGCUACUAAUGUCUUUUUUUUCUAUUCUCAAGAUUAAUACUUCUAUAUAUAGUCAUAUGGUUGCAGUUAACUUCCUGCAGCUGUCAGGCUGUUAUUAUACAUGACUGAAGCUUUCUCUCGCCGGGAAUUCAACAGCAAGCUACAAAACCCUUCGUGUGCAGAUUACUCCCAGCUAAUACACAGUAGGCUUCAUAAGCUUUCACUUUUCAUCUAAGUUUACAGUCAAAAAUAAGCAAUAUUAAUCUAAUCAAUUCUAUUACAGGAGAAUACAUGAUUAUAAGAAAGAGAAAAGUUCUUUUGAACGUCUGAAAAUAAAACAUAAUAAAACAUAAUGCAGUAUGAUCUUCUUUUCUUUUGGAAUCUUCUUCCAGCUGUCUAGGUACAGCGUCUAAUCCCUCGUUAUCUUCUAAACACUCAUAUUCAAAUCUUUCAACUCUUAAACCAACUCUUCAUUCCUCAAGCAACAUUUUCUUUAUUUUAUUCAACAGUUGUUUUAUUUCUUCUGCUGUUUUUUCAAUUCUCUGGAUCUCACAUUUCUUUUGUAUGGGAAUAUGAGAGCAGGGUUUUGCUGGAUAGCAUUGAUAAGGUUUAUCUAAUUAGCAUAAAGUUAAACAUUCAUUUCUUUCAUCAUCCAUUCUACCCACCAUUCUUACAAAAGAGGACACAACUUGAAAAUAAUUUAUUUAUAUUACAAACUGUUGAACAUCAGCAAAUUGAGUUUCUGUUCUUACUUCUGCAGCAUCUAUAAACAUAAUAAUAAUAAUAAUAAUAAUAAUAAUAAUAAUAAUAAUAAUAAUAAUAAUAAUAAUAAUAAUAAUAAUAAUGCAGCUUGUUUGUUUUACUGAGAAACUGCAAACUCCUCUACAGUCAGAGCUGCUGUUAGAGAGAAUUAAUCAACAUCUGACCACCAAUCAGAAUCCAGAACUCAGCAGCAGCUCUGUGGUAAAAGUGGUUUGAGGAACUGAAUCUUAAAAUUUAAACUGUUAAGCUAAUUGAGUUUGCUGUGUGUUAUGGUGAACAUGAGGUUUUGUGUUCUUAUAUUAUCAUAUAUUUAACUCAGUACAGCUCGCUGGGCCUUUCAGCUGAUUUGGGGUUUUUCUUCCAGCUUUGUGUAAUGCUUUAGGUCAUGAAGCUGUCCUCAUGUCAUGUGGUGAUAAUGUUUACUUCUUUGCCCCUGUCUUGUGGCAUCUUGUGUAAUUUUAUUAUUGUUCUUUUAUCAUGAAGGUACUUUCUGAUUAUACACUCUGGGUGUUUAGUGUGAGGUGUUCUGUGUACAUUCAAAAAUUGUUUUUUCUGUUUUAACCUUUGCUCAUACACACUACCGUGCACAGUGUGACGCAGUGAAAUGCUUUUACUGACUCCAUAAAAACGGAGCUUUUAUAACGAGUGCAUUUGAAAUGAAGUGCAGAUGAAAACAAAGUAAACAGGAAAGGGAUGCUGGGUGUGUGUUGAAACAAUGUCCACUGUUAAAAGUGCAAAACAAAUAAUACUGAAUAGAAUUUCGUUGAAAUGUUCUGUAGGAGUACGAAGUUUCUCCUCAUUCUCUGUGUUUGAAUUCAUGGAGCUGUAGCACUUCUCUGACCACAUCAGGGACAAGUGUCAGAGUUUAGAAGGUUAAGGUCGUUCACUAUCUUCCUGGCCUUGAACUCAGAGGAACCGACAGCUGGAGAGCCUUCGGUCCUGCAUGGUCCUGUUCCCAAUCCAGGCUGUGAUGCUUCCUAGCAGGAUGCUCUGGAUCUCCUGAAAGAGCAGUUUAAAGUGUGUGAGGUGGUAAAGAUGCUGAGGGACCUUGGUCACCAAUUGUCCACUUUCUCCACUGAGGUUCUCCUGGGCAGACACUAUCUCCUCUCCUGUUUCAAGCUGAAGUCCACGAUCAACUUCUUUGUGCUGCUGAUGUUCAGGAGGAGGCUGUUUUCCUGGCACUAGUUCUCCAGGCUUUAAUCAGAGAUCAGGCGAACAACAGCAUGGUCCUCAACAAGCUUAACAGUGAUUGUGAAGUUGGAAAUGUGGACACAGUCAUUGCUACAAACUGCUACACACACACACACACACACACACACACACACACACACACACACACACACACACACACACACACUCCUACAUACAGGUCCUGUAGUGCUACUGUACUAAACUGCUGUAUUAGUUCUUACUAACUGAUGACAGGAAUUUAUAUGGUGUUUAGUCUCAGUGACGGUUGACGGCCAGUGAACUUCUGCACAGGAAGUUCUCUGCUUUCAUGAUUUCAUCAUCCACACACUAAAAUAAAGUGCUUACACAUCCUUCACAUUACACACACAUAUGCAUAUAUCCACUCCUCACUUACACACUUUGAGUCUUUUAUUUUUGUACUUACUGUAUAAAUCUGAAGAAAAAUCCAUAUGGAAUCAGCACAGAAUUCUUUACAGAACAAAAGUAAAUAAAAUGUUUAGACUCAGAACGUCA